UGUCCAAGACAAUACAAUCUGAGAACAAAUUAUUCAGAUCGAUUCACUAUAGCAUGUAGCUGCCAUACAAACUGUUCUAUAAAAUUUAGGUGCUURUAUGGAAAAUUUUCUUAUGUGAAGCGUAUUACAGUUUCGGAAUAACGUAAAUUAACAUUUUUUCUUAAUUUUAUUUAAUUAUAGUUUUCAAUAAUUAUUGYAAUUAUUGUCUUUGCUUCUUUUAUUUGUGAAAUGUUGGCACGUGUUCUCAUGUGGCAUUCCCAUUCUCUGGCUGAGCUCGGUGUUUCGGGUUUUUUAUUUGUAUUUAAACCAUAAUAAUACUAGUAUCAUCGUUCAUGUUAUGCWUCGAGGCAAAUUAGCAGUUGAGUAUGUAAAUACAAGUAUAGGUAUUUAUCAGCUGGGGGCUAUUAUCAGCGCGAUCGAAGCAAAGUUCAAUUGAACCUUCAGAUCCGACAGCUGACGACGCAUUUUUUAAGAACCGGUUACAACCAGUUAGCUGAUCCGAAAUUAAAUGCAUACACGUACAUAUGUAUGUAUGUUGGAUGUAAAUACUCACAAAGUACAAAUUUUUGUAAUCUAAAGAUUUUAUAAUUUAAAGUAAAAAGUUGGCGAUUUCGAAAAUGUAUUAAUGGGAAGUCGCAGAGUCAUAUAUUUUAAAUAAUUCCGCUUUUAAUCGGUAAAUGUGCCGCGGUUGCCGCAGGGCGAAAGGUUAGUUUAUUUUCUGAGAUGUCUAUGAUUGAACUGUUUAAUUUAAUUUAAAAACWAAACUGACUAAACAAUUUCGAACAUUUUCGCAAUUUCGUAAAACUGAAAGUUAGCCUACCCUAAAUUGAUUCAGACAACGGCAUUCACGCAUUAAAAUUAGUCCAACUGAAAUUUUUUAUAAAUAUAUAUUUAUUAAAUUUAUAUGGAACUAAACCAGAGAACACCAUCGCCUUUGCUAACUAGAAGUUGCUGAAUUAUUCAGCGAAAUAAUUGUAUGAAUACCAACAGUUUUAUGGCUUAACCAAAAUAGACCUACCAAUUGGUAUUCUACUAAUUAUCCUAUUAUAUUUAUACAUAUGUAUAUACAUACAUAAGCGUAUGAUAAAUUCAAGUUGAGGCACUGGACUUAUAAAAUAUUUAGCAAGCCAAAUGCGAAAAUCUUAUCUAAAAUAAAGCAACUGAUAUCUACCUAAGUAAGUAAAACCGAAAUCAAAUAAAUAUAUGUAGUACAUAAGUUGAACGUUAGAGUGGAGAAAGGCUGUAUCGCAAGCAGCCCACACCUGUUACGUAGAAUGAUAGCAGCAUUGGGAAGAAAGUGAGAACUGUAAAUACAUAUUUUCGAACAUACAUUUAUAUGUAYAUACAUAUGUAUGUAUGUGUGCAUACGACAUAUGUAUUUCUUCACAUGGACGUAUGUAUCUACAUACUUACGUCCGAUUCACAAAGAGAGCGAUGUGACUUCGUUGUCAUGAAUCAUUGCGGCGUUGUAGAGCAUCGAACAAUAACGAAUUUCUAUGUUCAUAUUCGUUAAAUGAACGAAAAGACGCGACACAUUUCAACGCCAAUAGCAAUAACGGCUCACUCACUGCUGAUGUUUACUUCCUACGAUCUAGUACUCAGAACUUUUAGCACCACGACUAAGAAUUAACACAAGCGUAUGAUAAGGCUUUUAGGUUGGUCCGCAACGAUUUGCUGAGCGGCUCUACUCGUGUUUCUCCAACAGAGCAAAUGAGAAAAAGUUAUGCAUUAAUCGUAUCAAUAAGUAAGCGGUCGACAUAUCAUGAAGUAUGCGAAAUGCCAAUUUUUAUGGCCGGUAUUUGUGACUGUAGAUAGACCGUCUGGGUGGUUAUUGUGAUAUGGCAGUGUAUUGUUUUUGUUGCUAGUUGGUAAAUUUCAAGACCAUUGGCGUCACCACGCGUUGCGACUAGUGGAAAAUUGUAGACUUGUUGAUGUGUUAUCAGGGAUCAGCAGACACCAUACUUACCAAACAAAUGCGAAGCAACAUAUUUUUGCGAUAAAUUUAUACCUUAACUAUGUAAACGAUACCACUUAAAAGAAAAUGAUUGACUUUAGCGAUAGUGUAAUUGAAAUUCGACAGUCUUGUUAGAUAUAAAACGGCACAUUAGCCGGACACUCUAGUGGCUUUUAGCCGCGCUAAGCUAGUCGCUAAACUUCUAUUGUGRCUGGAAGUCAAGUCUGAGAUCCCCUAGUGAAAGCGGCGCUAAUAAUCAAAGAAUAGCAGACAGCAACAACAACAACACCAAUGACAGUGAUAUUUAUUUAUUUACUCUUGGCCUCACGUAGCGCGAUAACGAACAACGGUGAUUGCACAUGCGUAAUAAUACAAACGUUUGCACAGCUAAAUUUGGCGUUACACGAGCAACCGUCAACCGCCAGCGGCCUGAUAAGCAUACCCCACGAUUCAGUGCGUGUACAGGUGAAUUAGUUUGGAGCGGUACACAUUGGCGGGUGCGUGAAAUCGACCACUUUCCUUGCGUUGAUGGAAGCUCGAAUGGGUUUUCGCACAGCUAUGCCAGUUAAAAAUAGCCACUCACCCCUCCUAAUUUAGACUGUCUGCCUGAUAGCCGUUGAUCAAACCUUUCGCGCACCCMCGCUCGCCUGUCUGCAUUCACAAUACACUACGUAAAUACUCUAUAACUACUCGUCCAGUAUGUAGAAGGUGCCUGAUAAGAUGUGUGCUUCUUAUCGCACACGCUUGUGCCUACCCAUAUAUGAGAGUGUUCGCUAACAAACGCAUUCAGUUGUCGUGAAUUCGCUCUAGACAACGGUUCUAAACACAAAAAAAGCUAAAUACAAAAACUGAAAGUUUAAGAUUCCAAAUAGCCAAAAGUUGACCGUUAAAAAAAAAAAUAUUAACUAUUUACUAAAUAAAUAAAAACUACAAAAUCUGCUCCGCAAUGGCAGUACAAAAUUCUAAAUUUCUUAGCAGUAGUUUCAACUCUGCCUUUGUGCCAACUAGUGCUUAUUAUCAGCACUUAAGCGCCGCCUCGGUCGCUUUAGCCGCCUAUGAAGGCUGGAGUCACUUGGAUUUGUUGUCACCACAACUAACACAAACAUCGCCAGAGUCUAUUGAUGAGGCAUUKCAAAUGCACCAUUUAAGAUUUCCGACGCCUCCAAUAACACCACCAUAUAAUAAGAAUACACAUAAAUUACCAGCCAGUACACAAACUCCCAGCAUACGCACACAAUCGGUCAUUAUGAAAAUCGGCGAAGACCAUUUGGAUAGUAAUAUGCCACCAACACCAGAGCAUGUCGACGACAUAGCAGUGGACAUAGUUGGCUUGGAAGACACCACAAUAAGCACAGAAAUGCAUCGUCAUGAAACGAUGACAAUGAACGCGUCCACAACCAGCAGCGCUAGCUCGACACCAAAACGAAGUGAAUACGUCUGCGAAUGGAUUGAUUGCGGCAGAGAUCACAGCACCCUCGAAUCAUUGGCCGCCCAUGUGACCAAAGUGCAUGCCGUAGCUUCACCAGCCGAUGGUUUAUACUAUUGCCGUUGGCAUGGAUGUACACGACUGCGCGGAUUCUCAGCACGAUAUAAGAUGCUGGUACAUGCUCGCACUCACACUAAGGAGAAACCUCACCAAUGCCAUCUCUGUAUAAAGAGUUUCUCUCGUGCAGAGAAUCUUAAGAUUCAUAUUCGUUCGCAUUCAGGCGAGAAACCAUACCUCUGUACUUAUGAAGGUUGCAACAAGGCCUAUUCAAACUCUUCGGAUCGAUUCAAACAUACUCGCACUCAUGCUAUGGAUAAACCCUAUAUGUGUAAAGUACCCGGUUGUCAAAAACGCUACACGGAUCCCUCAUCAUUGCGUAAACAUGUAAAAACUUUCAAACAUGGUGUACAAAUAAUUGGCACCGCCGCUAUUACCCCCGUUCAGAAUCCAAUUAUUGGCACAGAAACAGCCAUAGCACACGGUGCUCUACAAACACAUAUGCCCAGCACAAUUACAUCUUCAACCCUGAACGCUGUUAUAUUGGGUAGAAAUCAUCAUGUACAUGAUGAUCACUAUGCGAAAGAUUACAGGGACGCCGCAAUACCAGUUUGUCAGCUCUGUGUGCCGCCGCCGCCACCACCUCACUACUAUCUUAAUGCCAUGGAGGAGGAUGUUUGCAAUAUCAAGCCAGCUCAGCUCGAUUAUUAUUAUGCCGCAACAAGUCAAUCAUCGGCAGGCAGCAGUACUGGAUCCAGCCAUGGUUGGAAUUAUAAUGCACGUGGCACUGAGAGUCCUGUGCGAACUAUGGAAACGGAAACACCGCUAGAUUUGCGGGUUAAUCGCAGUUAAAUAGAAAAACUAAUGAUAAUAUUUAGACGCAUUAAUAUUUAUUCUAGACUUCUAAGCGGAAUGACUAGUUGAGAAUCUGUUGCGGUCUCCUCAAGUCGAAAUAGUAGAAUAGUAUGGUCGGAAAUGUAAUAUGAAAAAGAUGAAAUGAGAACUAAACAGUGACAACUCUAGUCUACUUAAUUAUUUAAAAUUGCUUAUUAGAUAUGUAGGGACAUAUGUACAUGAAUUACUUCAACUAUUGAAGAGGUUGAUUUUUAAGUGCAAAUAUGAUAAAAUUAUUAAUAAUCGUAAACUUGUACAAUUGUUAUUAUAUAUGUUUUUACCAA